AUGGAGGCACUAAGCGCUACAUCGAGCAUUCUUUCGCUCAUUGACAUCACAAUAAAAGUGGCUGUUUUGAGUUAUGAGUACAUCGACAAAGUCAAAAACGCACAAUCCGUCGUUCAAAAACUAUUCGAAGAGCUUCAGAUGCUUGCGAAGACACUUGGAGAUCUAGAAAAGGAUGCGCGGGAUCCCGAAUCAACAGUUCUACAACGACUAGAGUCUCCAAUCCGAAGCUAUCGCCAGGAGAUAACGAGACGACACCGGAAAUUAGAGUCAAAUAAGCCAUUAAAUAGAAUGCAGUAUUGGUGGAAGAAGCUUAAAUGGCCGCUCGAGGAAGCUGAAACUUUUCAGUUUUUGCUAGAAAUCGAACGGUUUAAAACCAACUUGUUACUUGCCAUGAGCAGUGACCAGAGUCGUGGUAUGAAGGAGAUAAGAGAGCAUAGGCGAAAGGAGGAUAUCAGAAGGGAUGAUGACAAGCGCGUUGCAGUUCUCAAUUGGUUAUUCCCGGGUUCCUUUAAUGAGCGACAUAAUGAAAUCAGCGGUAGAAGAAAGAAGAACACGGGACAGUGGAUUCUAAAUGCACCUGAGGUCCAAUAUUGGAAAAAGCCUGGAAAUCAUGACCUUCUUUGGGGAUACGGUAUUCCUGGCGCUGGAAAGACAUUUUUAAGCUCUCUAAUGAUCGACAAUCUCCAGGGUCAAGUGGGCUACGGGGUAGCUUAUAUAUACUUCAACUACAAAGAGCAAGACAAACAAAAGCCGACUCACGUCCUUUCUAGCCUUACAAAGCAGCUCAUUUCCCAGGCAUCUACACAACCCUUACCCAAGAAGCUUGAAAACUUUCAUAAAGAUCAGAAAACACCGAACUCUGGGGAGUUGUACGACAUUCUCCUCGAUGUCACAAAGUUUUUUACCAGAACUUUUUUCAUCUUUGAUGCCCUAGAUGAAUGCGAUCAAAGUAGUCAAAGAAAGGAGCUUUUACCAUUAUUUCAUAGGAUGGGGGGUAAUGGGAUGAAGUUAUUUUUGACAAGUAGGGAGCACCCAGAAGAUGUCCAGAUUUCCUUCGAAAAGAUAUCGAAAAUGAAGCUCUGGGCGAAAGACGAAGACGUCGCGACCUAUAUUGAACAAAAGAUUUCCGAAUACCCCCAAGCUGAGAGUCUUGUUAGCCAAGGCAACUACAGAAAAAAAAUUAUCUCUGAGCUUACGGACUGUGCUAAGGGGAUGUUUUUACUUGUCCAUUUCCAUAUCGAAUGCCUAUGUCAACAAACAACCACAAAACAAAUUCUUAUGGAGCUUGAAAGAAUUAAAAGGGAUUCAGAAAGUAGUAUAAAUAAAUCUUUAAGCCCAACAUACGACAGAGCUAUGGAUAUUCUUUAUGCCCAACACCCUCCAAGUCGCGUUGAGCUCGCAACAAGGGUCCUUUCAUGGCUUGUGAAAGCUAGAAAAGUGCUUACGAUCCAUCAACUCCAAGAAGCCGUAACGGCCGAUGAGGACUGCACUACUUUCGAAGAAUCAGAUUUACCGCACUUGCAGACGAUGAUCGAUGUCUGUGCUGGGUUGGUAAAUUUCGAUAAAGAUAGUAACGCCGUACGACUGGUUCACUACACCGCUCAGGAGUACCUUCUUACACAUCGUAUUAUCCUGGAGAAUGCAAACUUUAAGGUCGCGAAUGCCUGUGUGACCUAUGUCUCGAGUAGAUCACAGGCUCCGCCUGGCCAACACGACUCUACCCCCCCUUUUGAUAUAUCUUUGCACGAGUGUGAAGAGGGUUUAUCGGAGGACUUGCUCUUGAAACUCGUAUUCACUUUGAGCCAGAAACCUCAAUGGUUGGAUAUUUUAGUGCCUCAUGUCCUUGGAAGUACCCUAGCUAGCGCUAGCCCGUUACAGAUUGGGUGUAUACUGGGACAUCUUCCUGUUGCUCAGAAGUUACUGGCGAAUAACUCUGGUAUUCCCACUGCGAAGAAGAGUGGACAUGAAUGGGUCGGACUUAAUAAAAUCCUCAAUUCGAGUGGUUUUUGGAUGUGUUGGAAAAUAAGUCAAUCGAAAAACAUGGUGCCCAUUAUUCGUCUAAUGAUUGAGAAUGAUGCCAAAUUCUCGAUGACAGAUGGGAAUCUUCUGGGAGCGUUUCGUUUUGCAGUGGAAUAUGGAUUUAUAGAGCUAUUCGAGCCUCUAAUUUCCGGGGUCGCCGACAUCUCCUCAGCUACAGAUAGCCGCGGUAUGACGGCGCUCCGCAAUGCCUCGGUCCUAGGAAAUAUAGAAGCAAUGGAGUUCCUGUUUUCCAGAGGCGCCGACGUCUCUGCUGCAGGCAAUAUGGGCCAGACGGCACUUCACUAUGCAGCUAUACAUGGACAUUCACAGGCAAUUGAUCUCCUACUUUCAAAAGGCGCCGACGUCUCUGCUGCAGACAAUGAGGGCCAGACGGCACUUCACCAUGCAAUUAUACGUGGACAUUCACAGGCAAUUGAUCUCCUACUUUCCAAAGGCGCCGACGUCUCUGCUGCAGAUAAUGAGGGCCAGACGGCACUUCACUAUGCAGCUAUACAUGGACAUUCACAGGCAAUUGAUCUCCUACUUUCAAAAGGCGCCGACGUCUCUGCUGCAGACAAUGAGGGCCAGACGGCACUUCACCAUGCAGCUAUACGUGGACAUUCACAGGCAAUUGAUCUCCUACUUUCCAAAGGCGCCGACGUCUCUGCUGCAGAUAAUGAGGGCCAGACGGCACUUCACUAUGCAGCUAUACAUGGACAUUCACAGGCAAUUGAUCUCCUACUUUCAAAAGGCGUCGACGUCUCUGUUGCAGAUAAUGAGGGCCAGACGGCACUUCACCAUGCAACUAUACGUGGACAUUCACAGGCAAUUGAUCUCCUACUUUCCAAAGGCGCCGACGUCUCUGCUGCAGACAAUGAGGGCCAGACGGCACUUCACUAUGCAGCUAUACAUGGACAUUCACAGGCAAUUGAUCUCCUACUUUCAAAAGGCGUCGACGUCUCUGCUGCAGACAAUGAGGGCCAGACGGCACUUCACCAUGCAAUUAUAUGUGGACAUUCACAGGCAAUUGAUCUCCUACUUUCAAAAGGCGUCGACGUCUCUGUUGCAGAUAAUGAGGGCCAGACGGCACUUCACUAUGCAGCUAUACAUGGACAUUCACAGGCAAUUGAUCUCCUACUUUCAAAAGGCGUCGACGUCUCUGUUGCAGAUAAUGAGGGCCAGACGGCACUUCACCAUGCAACUAUACGUGGACAUUCACAGGCAAUUGAUCUCCUACUUUCCAAAGGCGCCGACGUCUCUGCUGCAGACAAUGAGGGCCAGACGGCACUUCACUAUGCAGCUAUACAUGGACAUUCACAGACAAUUGAUCUCCUACUUUCAAAAGGCGUCGACGUCUCUGCUGCAGAUAAUGAGGGCCAGACGGCACUUCACCAUGCAACUAUACAGGGAAAUAUGCAGGCAAUUGAUCUCUUACUUUCCAAAGGUGCGGAUAUCUCAGCUACGGAUAGUGAUGGUUGGACGGCACUUCAUCAUGCGGCAAUAAACAAUGACAGUAUUGAGUCAAAGGAAUUAAUUAAGCUCUUAGCUUUUAGAGGUGCCGACAUUUCAGCCGUAGAUAUCAAUGGAAAGACGGCACUUCACCUCGCAGCCAGAUGGGGAUCUGCAGAGUCAAUAAAGGCUUUGUUUGAAACAGGGGACGCGGACACUUCAGUAGAGGAUGUCGAUGGGAAGACAGCUCUACAGUGUGUAGAAGAGCACAAGUUAUCUAUGGAUAUAAUUCAGAUUUUUUCAGGACUUCACCAAAAGAAGACAGUCUCUCGUAGUAUUGCCCUUAGACCAAGGAGAAAAAGUAUGUGA